GCGUUAAGGCACGGUCGCGCCACGCUACGCUUUGAACGGCAUUACGUUUCUACAAAAACACGAUUAUCGUCAAACGUCGUAUUUGUCAACUGACGGACUUUAUCUAUUAUAAGUAAAGUUGAAUCAUAAAACGACUAUAUCCGAUGAUGUUACUUGUGAUCUGAAAGUUUCAGCAUUAGAAACAGUUUGUGUGAAAAUUUUGUUUACAUUAUUAUGAACAUUACGUGUAAAUAGUGAAAUAAAGACCAUCGUCAUGUCCUUUAUCACAAUAAGGACUAUUAUGUGUUAAAUUGGUGUUCAAAUAGACUUUAUAAAUUGAUGGAUACCUCACAUCCGGCAAGGGGACAUAACAAACGAACGCCGACGGAAAAAACAUGACACUGAACCUACUGUGUCUUGUUUUCUUUCUUCCUUGAUAUUUAAUUUUCCCACAAUGGCUCUUCAUCAAACUUUUAUAAGGAUACGACUCUUUGGUCAAAUUCUGCUAUGGCUUAUCGUCGGAUUGAAUGUUGCUGAUCAGAGCUCUUUACCGCUGAAAUAUGAGGCUCCUGAUGAUUGUCAAUGGUGGCUAAGAGGUCCAAAUGAUGCACAUGAAGUUUCUCUCACAUGUAAACUUCGUACAAUAAAUAGUGAAUUUGACACAACAAACUUCAGUGUGAUUCCAUCGGAACAUACGACCUCUUUAAGAAUAGAAUGUAAUGAAGAAAUGAUGUAUAAAAGUUCAUUAGAUGAUCGUAGUUUCGCGCAUUUGGUGAAACUACGUGAACUUGUUUUGGAUAACUGUAAAAUUGGAAGAUGGCCGCCCGGCGUAUUAUCCGGUCUAAAAGACCUCAGAAAUUUAACUAUUCGAACAAAAAACACAGAAUGGGCUGCGAUGAGUUUAGAAAUAGCAUCAGAAAGCUUUACAGCAGUUCGGCAAUUAGAAAAGUUAGAUCUCAGUUUUAACAAUAUUUGGUCAUUUCCUGAAAAUUUGUUUUGUCCCUUGACUAAUUUAGUUUAUUUGAACGUAUCUUCAAAUAGACUUCAAGAUGUCAGUGAUUUGGGAUUCAGAGAACGAGCUAUGCAUCAAGCUCUAAUUAGUGAACAAGAUGGACCACUUCCUUCAGUAACAUCGUUAUCACAUACUUCUUGCUCGUUGGAUAUAGAAGUAUUAGAUGCUUCAAGCAAUCACUUCGUAUUAAUGCCAGAGAAUGGUUUCAUGGCUCUUCGGAGACUAAAAGAACUGCACAUACACGAUAACGAAAUUUCUAUGAUUGCUGAUAAAGCUUUAUCUGGAUUGAAGCAACUACAAAUAAUAGACCUUUCAAACAACAAAAUCGUCGCUCUUCCACUAGAUUUAUUCAAAGAUUGCAGACCAGUCAUCAAGGAAAUUUAUUUACAAAAUAAUACUAUUAGUGUACUUUCGCCAACUCUCUUCGCUAAUUUGGAUCAGUUAUUAGCAUUGGACUUAUCUAAUAACCAUUUAACGAGCACUUGGAUUAAUGAAAAUACUUUCACGGGUCUAAUACGAAUGGUGUUAUUAAAUUUAUCUAAUAACAGAUUAACUAAACUUGAUCCAAAAAUAUUCAAAGAUUUGUAUACGUUACAAAUUUUAAACAUUCAACACAAUAUGCUGGAAAACAUUGCAGCUGACACUUUUUCACCAAUGAAUAAUUUGCACACCCUUAUACUUUCGUACAAUAAAAUAUCUCACAUCGACGCAUACGCUUUAAAUGGUUUAUAUGUACUGUCACUUUUGUCAAUAGACAAUAAUCAACUAGAAGAGCUCCAUCCUGAGGCAUUUAAGAAUACGUCAUCUCUCCAAGAUUUAAAUUUAAAUGGAAAUCGCUUAAAGCAAGUACCGAUUGCGCUUCGAAAUAUGCGAUUGCUUAGGACGCUUGAUCUUGGAGAAAAUCAGAUAACAUCACUGGAAGAGCCCGGCUUUGUGGGUUUGCAUAAUGUAUAUGGCUUACGUCUUAUUGGAAAUAAAAUAGAAAACAUAAGCAAAGACGUAUUCUCUGAUUUACCAUCUCUUCAAAUUUUGAAUUUAGCUAGAAAUAGAUUAAAACGUAUCGAUAUAAAUGCCUUUGAAACGCUAACUAAUCUGCAAGCUAUUAGAUUAGAUGCAAACCAACUGACAGACAUCCAAGGCCUAUUUGUAAAUAUCCCUUCUCUGUUGUGGUUAAACGUAUCAGAUAACCAAUUAGAAUGGUUUGAUUACGCUGUUAUUCCUCAGGGACUUCAAUGGCUAGAUCUUCACAGUAACAACAUCAAAGAGUUACGAAAUAACUAUCGCAUGGAUAAAGAGCUCCGCUUGCAAACAUUAGAUGCAAGUUUUAAUAAAAUGUCAAAAAUAUACACAUAUUCCAUUCCAAGUAGCGUAGAACUGCUGUUUCUUAAUGAUAACCAAAUUACACAAGUUGAAGCUCAAACUUUCGUGGGAAAAACCAAUUUAACGAGAGUCGAUUUAUAUGCAAAUCAAAUAACCAGCAUGGAUCUGAAUGCUCUUCGUCUUACUCCAGUUGAUCCAGGACGACCCCUGCCCGAAUUUUAUAUUGGUGGAAACCCAUUUCAGUGCGACUGUACAAUGGAAUGGCUUCAAAGAAUCAACAAACUAGAUCAUUUGAGGCAACAUCCUAGAGUGAUGGACUUGGAGAGUAUAUAUUGCAAAUUAUUAUAUAAUCGUGAAAAAACUUAUAUUCCACUGAUCGAAGCGGAAUCAUCGCAGUUUUUGUGUACAUACAAAACUCACUGUUUUACUUUGUGUCAUUGUUGUGAUUUUGAUGCUUGUGAUUGUGAAAUGACGUGUCCGUCUAACUGUACUUGUUAUCAUGAUCAACCGUGGUCAGCGAAUAUUGUGGACUGUUCUGCUGCUGGGUAUUCAGAAAUACCUAACAGUAUACCUAUGGACGCUACUGAAUUAUAUUUAGACGGUAAUAAUUUUGGUGGUUUAACAAGUCAUGCAUUUAUCGGACGUAAGAAUUUAAAAAUUUUGUACGCUAAUAACUCUAAUAUUGACGCUUUAUAUAAUAAUACAUUUAGUGGACUAAAACGCUUAACAGUGUUGCAUUUAGAAAAAAAUAAUAUCAAAGAAUUAUUAGGGUUCGAACUUUCGCCUUUGGAACAUCUACAAGAACUACAUUUACAAGAUAAUAAAAUACACUAUAUCGAUAAUCGAACCUUCAUCGAGUUAAGGCGUUUAGAGGUACUACGUUUGGAAGGAAACAACAUUUAUGGAUUUGCUGUGUGGCAAUUCACAAUGAAUCCAUAUUUGGUUGAGAUAAGCCUCUCUCGUAAUUCGUGGUCAUGCGACUGUCAGUACAUGCAUAAAUUUAGAAAUUGGUUUAAAAAUAACCUUGGUAAAGUGGAAGACGCUGAUAAAAUUACUUGUAUAUUUGACAAUGUGACAAAUGCAGUAGGCCCGUAUAUGGCGGAUUUUAACUCUACUAUUUGCACCAGCCAUGUUGGUGGGAGUUCAUCAAUUAUAGAAAAUCAAGUAAUUAAUGAUUACCUGCCCUUAUUACUUAUAUCACUCUGUGUCUUUAUUCUAAGUUCUAUUUUAAUAUGUGGUGCAUUUUACUGGCGUCGUGAGCUGCGUGUAUGGAUUUAUUAUCAUUGUGGAUUUCGAAUGUGUUAUAAAAGUACAGUUUUUGAUGAUGAAGCUGAUAAAGAUCGGCUGUUUGACGCCUACAUUAGUUAUAGCGUGAAAGACGAAGCAUUCGUUGCACAAAUGCUUGCGCCCGGCCUAGAAUCAACGGACCCUAGUUUCCGACUCUGCCUACAUUACCGCGAUUUCAAUGCUUCAGCGUACGUAGCGGAUACAAUUAUAGAAGCUGUAGAAUCAUCUAAGAGGACUAUUGUAGUCCUAUCUAAAAAUUUCAUCAACAACGAAUGGUGUCGUUUCGAAUUCAAGACGGCACUACACGAGGUAUUGAAAGAGAGACGAAGAAGACUGAUAAUAAUAUUGCUAGGCGAGCUACCAAAUAGAGACAUCGAUCCAGAGUUGAGGUUGUGUUUGAAAGCAAAUACGUGUAUAGAAUGGGGAGAUAGGCAGUUCUGGCAAAAAUUGAGGUUCGCAAUGCCGGACUUGAGGAAGUGUCAGUAUCACCGUUCCACUGUGAAUAUUUAUGCGUCGGUGUCACCGGUGGGGGCCGGACGGGCGCCGGCGCCGCCCCCUCCGCCACCGCCGGGCAAGCUCCCCCCUCUGCUGGGCGACGGGCUGUCGCUGCCGGCCGGCGUACACGCACGAGAUCCUCACCCACACCGCAUGCCACCGCACGCACAGCUUUGGGCAUAGCGUAUGCUCCAACGCAGUGCAUCUUCUGAACGCACUGCGUACACCUGGCUACCAGACACCAGGAUCGAGUUUUGUUCUCCGUACAGUCGAAGGAAGAGUUCAAACUCGACUGUUUACGAGAGCGACUGAUGGUACGAGGGCUUCGACCAACUUGAAGAGGCUUUGCUUUGAUCUGGGACACUUAAUAGUGCAAACCCUGUAAUAUGACUUUGUUCAGUGAUAGUGUACAUUGACACUUUCAAUCGUUUAAUUUCGGCUGUUUGUAACUUUGCCUUUUAUAAACAUGGUCACACUGUACAUAGUUUAAUUUAAUGUAAUAAUAAGUUUAGUCGAUAUAUAUGAUAUUAUCUUUCCAAUCUUGAUAGAUAAAUAUUAUCGAAGUUCAGAAAAAUCACGUUGAAGUGUUGAACAUUUUUACUCAUAAAUUCACUAAUAUUCUCGCAUCUACUUUGAAACGAGAAACGCGAAACUUCGUCUUGGUUGCCGACAAUGAAUAUUUAUGACGGGCAACGAGUAAUGUUCCAUUUAUGGACAAAGUUAGAAUGUAUUCCACCGACUUACCCAACGAGCAGUUCGUAUCGCAAUUUGUUUCGAUACACUAUGAGAAAAAAAUGUUUUAAAUAGUCUGCAGACCUAUCAGUACUGAUAAAAAUUAUAUCAAUGCUUGGUACGAAGUGUCAACUUUGAACAUCUUUCUGUUCACAAUUAUUAUUAAUAACAUUUUUUAUUCUAACUUUAAUUAACUCCAAUGUUCAAAUUUGUUAAUUAGGGACUUAAUUAAAUAUGAAACUCUGUUGGUAAAAACUUUAAUUAGAAACAGGUGAAAACCAAACUUAUUGCCUAUAUAUCUUGACACUCAAUGAGUCAAAUAAUAUUCACAUAUAUAAUAUAGAUCCAUAAUGACAUUUAUAAACAACAUACAUUAGCAGUGGGCUUAUAUCAAGCUCGCAUAAUCAAAAUCGUAUCAAAUAUAUAUAGAACAAAUAAGUCACAGUUUAAAUAAUUUUAGUUAUUAUAUAAGUCACGAUAAUUUAAACUUAAUUAAUUAUAAACGUAAUAAAUAAAGAAUUCGGUGUCAGUAAUUGAUUAUUUCAUUGCAUAUACAAAUAAUUAUUCACUUUAUUAACAUGUAUGUAAUUCUACUGUCACAGUGAACUGUAAUAAAAAAUACAAGUGUAAACGCAUACAAUGGCAACAUAGUCGUAACAAUACUACGUAAUAUCAAUUUGUUACUUAAGUAUUAAUUUCACCUGAUCUCGUUAGGCAAGUCUGUAAUAUCUUAAAAAUAGUUAUUGUAAAAAAUACUACGAAUUUUCUUAAGUGUAAUUAAUACGCAAUAUAAUGUAAGAUAUGACACCAUUGUUACUAUAGAUAGAAAUUAUAAAGUUUACUAGAUAGAUAAUUGAGAUUUGCUGUGAUUUUUAUUUUAAUAUAAUUGUAAUGUAUUUUAAGGUUUCUUAAAAUUACAUUGUUAUAGCAUUUAUGUCCGUCCGUGUGUUGACUGGAUUUAAUAGUCCCUCAAUUAUUAUUUAUUGUCAUCGAAAAUAUACU